GCAAUCAAUCACUCAACCCAGCAACCCACGAUCCCCCACGAAUUCCCCUCUCAAACAACCCUAACUCGAAUAUCAAUAUUCAUCAAUUGACGCGAAGAUACACGAGGGAAUCACGCGAAAUCUACCUCGAUCUCCAGUUCUAAAGCGACAAUCGCCCCGACAACGAGAAGUCUUAGAAAGCAAAUGCGCUACUAGGACAUCAAUGACUACCCUCGUACGAGCUCGGAAUCCUCUAGAAACUCUGAAAAUGAGCCAGCAACCUGCGUCGCGAAGAAGGAGUAAAAGAUUGGCUGGUCAUGAGGAAGAAGAUGGAGAUUUCCAGUUCACGCGUGUAUCAAAGAAGGCCAAAACUACUGUAUCUGUACCGGAUCCAAUACCGGAGGCACCGCCUGUAACGACGACGGUACCUAGGAGAACCAAAAAGGUAGCCCGCGAGCGCGAAAGCCACAAUGUAUUACCGGGGUCAUCACCACCUGUCAAGAAAACGAGAGCAGCACCCAGGACAAACCUUUCAACGCCGAAAGAAUCGAGGGCAGAGAAGGUACAGAAAGCUAAGACUGAAGUCGAACCGAAACGAGUAACUAGGAAAAGUACGCGUUUAUCGACUGAGAAAACUCAAAAUGGGGGCGGUAGUUCCAUGAAUGGAAGCAGAGAUUACGACAACAGUAUCGAUAUGAUUGGUGGUGCACCUUUACCAGAGGAAUCGAACAGGUCAACUAUAGAAGCUCCGAAUAACACACACUCUACCGUAAUUGCCUUACCAUUUAGCGACACACCAAUUAUAAAUCGAAAUAAAGAAUUACGGAAGAAAGGUGGGACGGGCCAGAGGAGGAGUAGUUUGGGUAUGCGUGGAAGGAGGGCAAGUUCGCUCAUUGACAGUGGGUAUAGCGCAAUACCACACAAAGAGGUUGAAACCUCGCAAUUUUACAAGCAUAUCGAGGAUGGAUUGCCUGAGCCGAGAAGGAUGAAACAGCUCUUAACUUGGACCGGCGAAAGAGCUUUGCCCGAAAAACCUGCGCAUGGCGAUCCGGAUAGUGGCGCAAAAUUGGCAGCGAGAGCAAUAUCUGAAGCUCUUCUCAAAGACUUCGGGAGUAAUAAUACAUUUUCGAACUGGUUCGAUCGGGAUGAAAAACAGCCGGCCAGGAUAACGAAAGUGGUCAAGAAACCCAAUCCUAAGAAUAUCGAAGCAGAAGAAAACAUACAGGCUUUAGAAGCUCGAGUAAAACAACUAGAAAUCGAAAAGGCGCAAUGGAUAUCCUUCAAAAAGCCCACUGCCCCUCUUCCACCCCUCUUCCCAGAUACGCAUGGCGAAGCAAACCCACUUUCCCCCACUCAAAUAGAUCCUACUCUUCUCGACCCCGAACAAUCCGCCAUUCUCUCCUUAAUAACGUCCUCGUCAUCUCUGUCCCUGCGCGAAAACGCCUCGGAAAGACUCAAAACUAUUCAUCAAGAAAUUGAAGGGAAAGUAGAUUGUUUCUUGGACGGCAUACACAAAAUUGAACGAUACGCGGAAACAGUAGGAAGAGUCGCGGAUAAGAUAUUGGCGUUGAGUGCGGUGAGGCUGGAGGAGAGAGAGAGGAGGGAGAGGGAGGUAGUGGGGACGAGGGAUGUGCCAAUGGUAGAGGUGCUGAGGAGUUUGAGUAGAAUUCUACCCGAGGGGGGCACAAGGUAGUUUUGCCUGUGUUUAUCGGUGCAAGCCUCAAUCCAUUGGCUGUAUAAUGGAAAAUUCCAUAAUUACAGGGGACUCCGCUCCGUUCCACUAGAAAUUUAAGGCUUGGAAAAAUAUAUGGGUUCAAUGGCCAAGUCCGGGAAAGGCCUUUGGGAUUGAGAUUUUAAGAGGGAUGGGAAAUGAGUAGAGCGAGGAUGGAAUGUUCAAUGAAUGAUGAUAAAGCGACUUCUGGCAAAUGUUUUGUUUUCUUCACCCGUUUUUGGCCAUUUUGGUCAUUGUGAAUUGGAAGAGUAGAUAGUAGGCUUGCUUCUUUCUUCUUGAGCUUUUGUUGUACAAAUGGAUGGGACAGGGUAUGAAAUACGCAAUUUCAUGGAGUAAAAGGAACGUUUUGGGGCGUAGGGGUGUUUGUGGAUAAUAGCUGGCAUUGGCAUUGGCAUUGGCAUUGGCAUUGGCAUUGGCAUAUUACGAUGGUGGCAGUUGUGACGGUGGAUUUGAUAGAUCAAAUUAAUCAACCAUCAAGACAUCUA